GAAACUGAACUUUUCAACUCCGAGUCAAUUGAAUCAAACACUUUGAGAAAUGAUUCAGUGAAUCACGACACGUGCUGCUCAAACAGUGAACAUGAACGAGAACAACAAACACUAACAAACUAACUAAUCAUGUUUUCAUCAGUCAUAAAUGCCUAAAUAUGAAGUUUAUUAAUUGCAGCGUUAGUUUUUUGUGUUUUUGUCUAACAAGGUCAUUUAAGGCCAUUAACUCUGUUAAUUAUUCUCUUCUUAAAGAUGGCGUUUAUUAAAGAGGAAACUGAAAACAUAAAGAUGGAGUUUAUUAAAGAUGAGACUGAAGACAUGAAGAUUGAAGAAACAUUCAGAGUGAAACAUGAAGAUACUGAGGAACAAACAGACCUAAUGGCACUGAAAGAAGCGAGUCAUGAACUUAAUGAAAAAGAAGAGAAAAAACAUAAUUUCAUGACUGAAGAAAGAUCAAAACAGUGUUCCUCACAAAAAGGAGCUCAAAAGACAGAAACUAAAAUUUAUUUCACAUGCCAACAGUGUGGAAAGAGUUUUAAUCAACAUAGAAACCUUCAAGUCCACUUGAGAGUUCACACUAGAGAGAGUCUCUUCACUUGCCAACAGUGUGGAAAGAGUUUCAUACGUAAACACAUGCUUAAAGUCCACAUGCGAAUUCAUACUGGAGAAAAGCCUUUCACCUGCCAACAGUGUGGAAAGAGUUAUACACAAAAAGGAAACCUUACAGACCACGUGAGAAUUCACACUGGAGAAAAGCCUUACACCUGCCAACAGUGUGGAAAGAGUUUCAGUCGAAAAGAUAAACUUGAAACCCACAUGAGAAUUCACACUGGAGAAAAGCCAUACACCUGCCAAGAGUGUGGACAGAGUUUCAUUGAGAAAGGAAAACUUACAGCCCACAUGAGUGUUCACACUGGAGAGAAACCCUUCACUUGUCAACAUUGUGGAAAGAGUUUCAGUCAAAAAGGAAACCUUAUAUCCCACAUGAGUGUUCACACUGGAGAGAAACCCUUCACCUGCCAACAAUGUGGAAAGAGUUUCAGUCUUAAAGGAAACCUUAUAUCCCACAUGCGUGUUCACACUGGAGAGAAACCCUUCACCUGCCAACAAUGUGGAAAGAGUUUCAGUCAUAAAGGAAACCUUAUAUACCACAUGAGAACUCACACUGGAGAGAACCCAUUCACCUGUCAACAGUGUGGAAAGAGUUUCAGUAGAAAAGGACACCUUAAAGACCACAUGAGAACUCACACUGGAGAAAAGCCUUAAGGCUGUGUGUCCACCAAAGCGUUUUUUCCAGUGCCGCGGUUUUUAAACGGCAGGAGCGUAACGAGGCGCUGAGCGUCUUUUUCACGCUCAAGCGCUGAGAGCUCGGCGUUUUUUACUGGUCGCCUCGAGUUGAAGAAUGUUCAACUUUGAGUAAAAUGCUGCGCUCAUCACUGUCAC